GGAGACUCUCUGCUGAUAUAUCUCGCAUCUAACUAUGGUAUCUGUGUGACUAUCAACGUUGUUGUCACUGCAAUAUUUUCUUCGUAGCCAGGAGACGCUUCAUGCUGUAGUUCUUCUCUGCGCUGCCUGAUAAAUAUUUAGGCUUAAUAUCUCGGAUAUUUUUUAUGCUGGAUUCAUUGAUGGCGUUAUAUGAAAAUUCAAUGUGACUUAUCCAGAGAGAGAUCCCCUGCAUUUUGAGCUACUGGUAUCGUAUCUGGAUAUCAAAUCUAAGGUCAACUUCAUCCGCAACAUUUCUUACUCCUGUCAUAUCGGUUUGUCAUGUUUCUCGAUUAGCACUCUAGGUACUUUGAACCCGAUUUGAGCGAGUGUAUACUGCCAAUAUUUAUAUUGUCAAUCUUACAACCUCAGCACAUCAUGACUGCAAGCGGUGAUACCAGCUCUGCACCUAUAUGUGUGGCUUCGACUCAACGAGGUGAUGAGGGGGGUGAUGCACCUUUAGACAGCCAUAGUCAUGGCGCUCUGAGCACCGCAUGUUGCGCCGAUGAAAGCGCAUCCGACACAAAUUAUAUCAAAAGCGUCGAAUGGCCCCCUGAUCUUUUAGAAGAAAGACCGUCACCGCAUCGGUUGUCUCCUUACUCUGUACUAGCUUCAGCGGAGCCAACCUAUGCAACUGCUAUUUAUCCUUAUUAUUCUCUUCAGGAUCCAUCUACUACACUUUUCUUAUCAUCGGUUCGAGAUCAUCCUAUCAGACUGGCCUCAACUCUUGCUCCCACGUUGUUGGCGACUUAUUCCUUGAUACACCCAACCACGGAAGCUUUUAUAACGCCACAUUCAAUUAUCUAUCCGUACGCCCUCGGUGGAACGCAUUUUCUCACUGGGUCAGAUAGCCUUAUAUGUCUUUUUGACGUUUCCCGGCCUGGUAACGAUGGACCUGUUUCUUGGAUGCCCACUAUACCAAGUAAGCGUAAACAGACAGUGGGUGGGGGCGUUGGAAUGAAGGGUAUCAUUUCCGCUAUGGCCAUCAAUUCGACAGGAGAUGGUAUAUUAGCAGCUGGCACCUUCUCAAGACAGGUGGGAUUAUAUGACUCAAACGGAACCGGACAGUCCUUAGGCACGUUUAGCAUUGCAAAGACCGAUGCUAGUCGUCGUAUUGGGGGUCGAGGUAUCACUCAGAUCCUAUGGAGUCCUUGUGGACGAUAUCUAUACAUCGCUGAACGAAAGAGUGACGGCGUUAUGAUAUACGAUAUCCGGGUAACUGGCCAAUUGCUUGGCUGGUUAGAAGGUCGCAAGGCCAUCACUAACCAACGGAUGAAGGUUGACAUCGUCUCUACCAAUCAAGGUAUAUCGCAUGAGAUCUGGGCUGGAGGAACUGACGGUUUCAUGAGGGUAUGGCGUGACCCGACACAUACUGCUGGAGGACAGGAACCAGUAUGUGAAUGGAAGAUCCAUGAUGACUCGGUGAGCAGUACUGUACUACAUCCAAUGGGCAACGUUGUGGCUACAUGCUCUGGACAGAGACACUAUUUAGAUGAUGAUGACUACUCGUAUCCAACAGAAAAGCUUGACAAUAGCAUGAAAGUAUGGUCUCUGCCAUUCCUUGAGGAUUUCUGAAUAUGAGUCAGUUUCUUUUAAU